AUGUCGUACAUCUCGCCAGACCUUCACCCCGAGCCAGCGCGGCGCGCUACGGUGCUGCAGCGCGUCAAGUCGGCCACUGUCGAGCCGAGCUUCUUUGCCCUGCUCAUCAUCAUCCUCGGCGUACCCUUUGCAAUCCUCGCACAGCUGCGCGGGCUGUUCGGCCUGCUGACGACGCCAGCACGCGUUUUCAACCCGAUCGCAUGGCUGCACAUUGUCCUGUUCGAGCUGCUCAAUCCGACCCAUUGGCGCGACCUGGCGCUCCAGGCUGCUUUCCCCUCCAUCCUCAAAAUCAGCGACUCAACCUGGGCGUACGUUAAGAAACCGCUGCUCGAGCAGGCCGACGGAAUCGUCCUCGAGGUCGGACCCGGUGAUGGCCAGAGUAUCAAGUAUUACGAUUCUAAAAAGAUCAAGCAUCUUUACCUCCUAGAACCCUUUGAGGCACUGCACGCCCCUCUCAAGGCCGCGCUGCACGCCGCAUCGUCCGGUGCCGGUGCCGAGAAGGGAGCUAGUAACAAGGGCCAUAAAGCAUCACCGUCUGAAUGUCUGGAGUCCAAAGCAACCAUCCUGUCCGCUGGUGUGCAAGACCUCGACAUACUGGCUAAAAAUGGGAUCCGCGAAGAGAGCAUCGAUACCGUUGUCCUGGUGCAAGUGCUCUGCUCGAUCCCUGACCCGAAGGAGCAUAUCAAAGUCAUCUUGAGUUAUAUCAAACCGGGCGGCAAGCUUAUUAUGUUUGAGCACGUCCGCUCCGCGCACCCACUGACACGCGCCAUCCAAGCAGCCUGGACGCCUCUGUGGCGCUUCAUGGCCAAAGGCUGCGAGAUGACGCGGCCCUCUGGCGCCUGGGUCAGCGAGAUUGGUGGUGCGCAAUGGGAGCGCCAGUCGCACGAAGGGCCGCUGCUGCGGCCGACGGUCGAGCAUGAUGGAGAACUCCUCCCACACGAUGUCGCUGUCUUUGUCAAGGCGAAAAGGCAAUAA